GAUUGAGAUUGACACAGGGCGCACUGACUAUGACACUUUUUUGACGUUUCGAUUGUUUUGCUUCGAGUUGCACAAUGCAUGCGUAUUUCGUUUAAAGAGUUUUAAAAGUUCUUUCGAUCAAAUGAAAAUCAGCGAAUAUGUCUUCAACUUUAGGAUAUUCAUCCCAAUCAAAACCGGCUUUCUCUGUUAGAAUCUUUGUUUGCGAUCACUAUUCAACUAAACCAGUUCCAGGCGUGGAUGUUAUUUACUCUGAAUUCAGAGGAAGUGAUAUCAAACAGGUGCCUGUGCUGAGGAUUUUCGGGUCUGCCCCUGAUGGCCAUAAAGCAUGUCUGCAUGUACAUGGGGUGUUCCCAUACUUCUAUGUGCCAUGUCCCGAUCCCAAUCCUCAACCACAAUUCUUGUAUCAGAUGGCAGCAAGUUUAGAUAAAGCUUUAAAUAUUGCACUGAAGCAGGCCACUUCAGCCAACCAACAUGUCUACAAGAUAUCCCUAGUGAAAGGGCUGCCAUUUUAUGGUUUCCACGACAAAGAUCAUCUGUUUUUAAAAAUAUUCUUAUACAAUCCUGGGUUGAUCAAGCAGGCUGUAGACCUGUGUGCUAAUGGAGCCAUCCUGGGGCAGCCUUUUCAGCCCUAUGAGGCACACUUGAACUUCACUAUGCAAUUCUUUAUAGACUUCAACCUGUUUGGCAUGAGCAAUGUAGACCUGCAAAGUGUGAGCUUCAGGAAAAAACCAGGAAACUCUCAAAAUAGUACUGAUCCACUAAACUCCUUAGAAGAUUCCAUGUUGAAAUCAGAAAGCAUGUGCUUUUAUGAAGCUGAUUGUGCUGCAUCUCAUAUUAUUAAUAGACAGAGAAUGGAUAAAGGAGAUGGGAUAGAAAAUCCAGGAUUGAAAGAAAUAUGGCAGCAGGAGGAAGAAAGAAGGAAACAGUUAAAUAUUUCUGAGGCAUCUAAAUCACUAUCUCAAGGUCGCAUCAAAGCAGAACAAACUGACUCCCAUUAUAAGUUUGAUCAAAUAUUCAAAAUCAAAAUGUGUAACUUGGUUAAUAAACCGAUAGAAGUUGAUAGUAAAAAUAUAAACUUAGAUACUUCAUAUCCAGCCGUAAGUCUAGAUGAAACAGGAGUAUUCAAAGCUGUGGAUAUCAGUAUGCAUUUGCCUGAUAAAACACUGGAAGCCACUAUGAAUGAAACUUUGACUCACCAUAAUGAAACUCAAGAUUUAGAUGAAACACUUGUUGAUGAAAAUAUUGCUUUGAAUAGCAGCCUUUCAAUGCAUUAUAGUCAAAUUCAAUUGGAUAGUGAAGAUCUAGAUCUGCUGGAUGUUCUUAAAGACAUGGAUGAGAAGACUGUAGAGGAAGACAGUGUAAUGGGAACACCAGCAGCAGCUGACGAUUUCAAUGACAAUGAUUCUGAUGAUGCUGAAUAUUCACAAGUAUUCAACGAUGAUACAGUUCUGCUGGAACAAUUCACAAGCAAAAAUGAUUAUGUAGAUGAGACUUCCCCAAUGUGGAAUGAUUCGUUUUGGGAAGACGCUAAUAUACCACAGCUGGAUGGGACUUUUGAUGAUGAUCAUGUGAAAAAAGUUAGAAAAAGAAAAAUGAGGCCUUUCAAAUUGGGUUUAUCAAGACCAAAAAAUAAAAGGAAAAUCACUGUUUCUACAUCUGAGGCUACAUCAGUUGGAUCAUCUAACGCAGAUCUGAGUGAAUCAGAUGAAAUCGAUGCUUCAAGAGAAACUAUUGACAGUAUCUCAAGUUUGCAUUUGAGAAAAGCAAUUAAAACCGAACCAAAAAGUCUAUUAGAAAUAUCUGAACUGGAUCAAGACUCACAGUUUAGUAAUGACUCCAUAACAGACCUUGUGAAAAAAGUUACUAAUAAGUAUGAAAGUAAUAUAAACUCCUCUAAAGCAUAUGAUUUAAAAAAUAAUUAUGAGUCUAUAGCUGGACCAUCAAAGUGCAAUGCAAAGAAGACUGAAGAUAAUUCUGACUGUGAUAAUAUAGAAUCAUGUAAUAAAUCAGUGGAAUCAUCCCCAGAUGAUUUAGGAUUUAUAAGUUUUUACAAUACAUCAAAGUUUUUUGAUGUGUCUUUAGAUGAUAAGAGCCCUUUAGUAAAAUCGGAAAAUGCGGAUGAAAUAAUAAUGUUAUCAGAAAGAGAAGUAAAUAAUGUUGAAAGAACACUUCUUUCUGAAGAAGAUAUAAAACUACAUUACAGUGAUACCCCGCUUGUAUCAAACUUGAACAGUCUAAACAUUAAACAGGAAUCCCAUGUAGCCAUAGAAAAUAAAGAUCAUAUUAUAUUAACCCCGAAAUUCCGCCCGCCAACCAAGAAAUACAUCGAAUCUUCUCUUGAAAAAUAUAAAAUACCAAGUAUAAGAAAUCUUGAACCAUAUUAUUCCAAUCAUAAAGACGUUGGCGACAAGGUAGAAAUUGGGCAAAUGAUAAUAAAAGUACAAAGCAAAUUAUCCCAUGAUCAGAAACCACUAGACAAAGUUUUGGAUACUACAAGUAUUGAAGAAUGGAGGCAGUUAAUGUUCCUCCAAAACAAUGAAUUUGAAGAUGAAAAUACUAAACCUAACAAUUUGAAAACUUUAUUAGCUGGUAAUAGACAAUGUGUACUUAAACCUAUAAAAAGACCUCCUACAUCGAAGGAAAUCAAUGAAUGGCUAAAAGCUAAAGAUAGCGAAAAUCAUUUGGAAGUAGAUAAUACGAAUACGUCUGCUCAGAUGGAUGAAGUCACAAAUAUUAUUGAUGACUUGGAAACCUCCCAAGUCAUUGGUCUAAAUGAACUCGAAACUAGUAUUAGUUUGGAAAUAGUUGAAAGGGAUAAAACAAGUUUAAAUGAAAGUCUUCAAGUGACUAUGCAACCAGACGGGUCAUUCUUGUGUUUCGGAAGUGGGCAGCGGGAGAACGAAGUUCCUGAAGUAGCUACAGUUGAAAUAAAUCACAUGACCAUAAUGUUAAUAGAAGUACACACAGCUACCAGAGGCGAAUACAAGCCAGACCCUUUACUUGACGAAAUAGAAGCAGUAUUUAUUACCAUCACGAACGAUUCUGCAACUGAACAUUUUCCUCAAAAAACUCUCACAAAAAUCAUUGUAGUAGAUGACAUGUCUCCACCGAAGAAACUAGACCGAUGCGUGUUCAACCAAGACAUAAGUUACGUGGACAGUGAAAAGAAUAUCAUUGAGAGUGUUUUAGAGUUGACAAAAGUCCAUGAUCCAGAUAUAAUGUGUGGGUACGAGACAGAAAUGAGCUCGUGGGGGUACAUUCUCGACCGCGCCGAGCACUUAGGCUGGGAGAUAGUUCAGGAAAUUUCUAGAAUCAACGAGAAACACCGUCAGAAGCGGUGGCGGGGCGAGCAAAACGACUACGAAAGCCGCGUCAUCGGCCGCGUACUUCUAAACGUUUGGCGUUUGUUUCGGCACGAGUUGGCUCUGUCGAGCUACAGUUUCGAGAGCUGUAUGUACGAGAUCCUGAAGGAGAGGGUCCCUCAGUACAGUCACGCUCAGUUGUCGGAGUGGUGGAGUGAUGAGUCGCGGGUGCUGCGCUGGGUGCCCGUCGAGUAUUACCUCACCAGGCUGUCCGGGACUGUUCGCAUGUUGGAGAAGCUUGAUAUUAUUAACCGUACCGCAGAGCUCGCGCGUGUAUUCGGCCUCCAAUGGCUCGAGGUGCUCACUCGAGGCACGCAACUGCGCGUGGAGUCGCUCAUGCUGCGGGCAGCGAGGCCACUGAACCUGCUGCCGCUGUCGCCGACGGUCCGCCAGCGCGCCGCCAUGACCGCGCCCGACUGUCUGCCGCUCAUCUACGAGCCAGAAUCCCGCUUCUACUCUGACCCGGUGAUCGUUCUGGACUUCAAGAGCCUGUACCCCUCCAUCAUGAUCGCCUACAACUACUGCUUCUCCACAUGCAUCGGGAGGGUGCACAACAUCAAUGGGGACGCCCCUUACGAAUUCGGCGCAUGGCGUCUGCGCAUAUCCAAAGCGAAGCUCGCAGCGUUAUCCUCAUCGGACCUCAUCCACUGGUCCCCUGUGGGAGUGGGGUUCGUCAAACAGAGCGUCAGACGGGGCGUGCUACCGGCAUUAUUGAGCCGGAUUCUGUCAGCCAGGCAGGCGAUCAAUAGUAACAUGAAGAGGAUUACGGAUCCCCAGUUGAAGAAAUCGGCGCAUUCGCGGCAGUUAGGUCUGAAGCUGAUAGCGAACGUGACCUACGGCUACACGGCCGCCAACUUCAGCGGUCGCAUGCCGUGUGUUGAAGUCGGUGACAGUGUCGUCGCCAAGAGCAGGGAGACUCUGGAAAGGGCCAUACAGCUGGUCAACGAUGGCGACUGGAAUGCUAAGGUGAUCUACGGCGACACGGACUCCAUGUUCGUGCAGGUCCCGGGCGGCACCCGGGCUGAGGCGUGGCGCAUCGGCCGCGAGAUCGCCGACGCUGUGACGGCUGAUAACCCCUCGCCUGUAGCACUGAAGUUGGAGAAGGUAUACCAACCCUGCAUCCUGCAGACCAAGAAGCGCUACGUGGGCUACAUGUACGAGAGCCCCGAGCAGCUAGUUCCGAUCUACGAGGCCAAGGGCAUCGAGACCGUGCGUCGCGACGGCUGCCCUGCUGGCGUGGCCUUGCUGCGCUCAUCCCUCUGCACCCUAUUCGACACGGGUGACCUAUCCCUAGUCAAGAGUAACGCACUACAAGUCCUGUCCCGGCUGGGGGCCGGGACGCUGCCCCCGCCGCGGCUGUUCCUCACCAGGGAGUACCGUGGCGCCCCCCAGUACAGGGCGGGGGGCGCCGCGCCGCCCAUGGAGAUCGCCAAUCGCCUGCUAGCACGCGAUAGGCGCGCGGCCCCGCGUGUCGGCGAGCGCGUCGCCUGGUUGGUCACGUCCGGCGCGCCCGGCCUGCCAUUGGUCAAGCUGGCGAGGACUCCCGAAGAGCUACGGAAAGACCCGACUCUGCGCCCGCACAUCGCGUACUAUGCGACUAGAGUGCUGCUGCCGCCGCUGCAUCGGUGUCUGUCGCUGUUGGGUGUUAAUGUGUUUAAAUGGUGGUCGGAGCUGGGCUACGGGCGCGAGGCUCAGCAGGCGGCGCCGGCGGGCGCCAUCUCGCGCUACCUGGGCCGCCGGCGGUGCGCGCGCUGCGGCGCCCGGACGCAGUACUCCCUGUGCACGGCUUGUGCUUCACACCCGCAGCAGCCGGUGGCGGCGCUACACACUCGCCUCAACGUCGCCUCCACACACUUGCAACAGUGUGCACAGAUCUGCGCCUCAUGCUGCGGGCACGCCGCCGGCGCUUGCUGCGUGAACACUCACUGCCCCGUGCUGUGGCGACGCAUAGCGGCUCAAGGACAACUCACGCAGGCACAAGAUGUAGUGGGGGAACUGCCGCACCCACUGUGCCGGGAGGCGUUGCAGUUUUAGUCACAGCUUUUGAAGACAGCUUUUGGAAGCAGUAAAGGAGACAAACACACAUACAUACUAACGAGGUGUUGCAAAAGUGUCAAGGUGUUGCAUAGUAGCCGAAUGUGGGUUACUCUGUACAG